UGUCUUACGGCACUCGGCAAUCUCACUAAUGCAAAGAUUGUUUCAUCAAGGCAAGCAGACACGGAGCAGCAACAUAUAAAGAAAAGGAUCCGAUACUCUAUCCAAUUCUCAUCACAGCUACACCAUCCAUCGUUCCCUAUCAUCAUGGCUGCAGCUGCUGUUGCCUCUCCUGCUGUCAAUGCCAUUGGGCCCAUCAACUCCCAUGGUUUAGAAUCCGGCAAGCCUCUCAAGCACAACGUCCACACCAAAUUCAACUAUUACAAGGACCCUGGCGAUGGUUCUGCCCCUGCCCCAUAUGUUAUUGGUCGUCCAGAGACCUUGAUUGAGCGCCCUCGUGUUGAGAUCGACGCAGUCGUCACCGAUAUUACGGGCGACGAGAGCAAGUACACGCUUGAUAGUCACGGAUUUCAGCUUUACCGGCACGAAAGCAAAGAGAAGGAUUUUUCCGACGAUGACAAGAUCAAGGCCGAAUAUUACCCGGAAGUCGAGCAGCUGCUGAAGGAUGCGACGGGAGCACAUCGCGUCUACAUCUUUGACCACACAAUUCGCCGCGGUAGCCAGGAUAACCGUGCACCUGACGCUGGAUUCCGUGGUCCCGUACGCAGCGUCCACGUUGACCAAUCGUACGAGGCAUCUCGCCAAAGGGUGCGCUAUCACUUGCCGGACGAGGCGGAUGAGCUCCUUGGUAAACGGUUUCAAAUCAUCAAUGUCUGGCGUCCAAUCAAGACCAUCUUCCGCGACCCUCUGGGCGUGGCUGAUGCUCAUUCGGUUCCGGACUCAGAUCUGAUUGGUGCUGCUCUUAUCUACCCUGAUCGAGCCGGUGAGACAUAUGUGGUGAAGCCCAACUCAUCCCACAAGUGGUACUUCAAAUACGCGCAGACCACUGAGGAGGUUACUUUGAUCAAGUGCUUCGAUACCGAGGAGGGGGUCGCAAGAAGGGUGCCGCACUCUUCGUUCAUUGACCCAGAUGAGGAAGAUAAGGCACCAAGGGAGAGCAUCGAGGUUCGGACUUUGGUCUUUUAUGAUUAGGAAUGUUAUUUCGAUGAUGAUAACGGAUGAAGAUGGAUCAAAUUG